AUGAUGGAACCUACUACACACCCUACCCAUCCUCCAAAAGAUGAUCCAUUCACUGCUGAGGAAUUGGCUCAAUACAAUGGAAGUGAUGAAAGCAAGCCAGUCUACGUUUGCAUCAAAGGCAAUGUCUUUGAUGUAUCUCCCAAGAGAGAAAUGUAUGGUCCCGGUAAAGGAUACAAUGUCUUUGCAGGCAAGGAUGCAUCAAGAGGUCUCGGUAUGUCCUCCUUGAAGCCUGAAGAUGCCGUUUCAGACUAUUCCACUUUAGACGAGAAACAAAUGAAAGUUUUGGACGAUUGGCUCGCCUACUACACAAAGCGAUACAACAUCGUCGGAAAGUUGGUAGACUCAAAGUGAUGCCAUAUUUGUAUUGUUCUCAGAAUUGAUUGCAUAUUUCUCUGCUUUGUGGGAAUGAUUGGGCUCAGAUCGUGUGAUGGCAACUAUUAAAGACGACAAAUCAGAGCUCAUUCUAGGUCUAUCGAAUCAUAUCUAUUACACAAAAGUAGAAGCGAUCAUCCUCAAAAGUCAUGAAAAUAUACAUAUAAGGGGGAUUAUAACAAAACGGUGUAAAUAUGAAAUUUGCCUUUUUUUAAUGCCGAGCACCACGACCAAAAACUUCAGAAAUCAAAACGAAACCAACGCCAG